CAACAACAACCCCCCUCCUCGAAAACAAAACCCUCAAUCCCAUCCCCCCAAAACAACAACAAUGUCCAAAUCCCUCAACGUCUUCAAGCAACCACUAACCCUCCACUCCACCUCCCCAAUAACCGGCUACCUCCGCACCGGCUACUGCGAAGUCCCAGCCUCAGAUUUCGGCAACCACGCCAUAGCAGCAGAAGUAACAGAAGAAUUCCUCAACUUCACCGCCCGCCAAGGCAACGACCUCCGCAGCAUCGGGGGCAUGAAGGAAGGCUGUAAAUGGUGUCUGUGUGCUUCGAGAUGGUUGGAAGCGUUCGAAGCGGCGAAGAGUGGGAGGGAGAAGGACGGGGAGAAGAUUGUUCCGAAGGUGUGGUUGCGAGCGACGAACGAGAAGGCGUUGAGGGUGGUGAGGUUGGAGGAUUUGAGGGGGUUUGCGAGGGAUGGGGAGGGAGGAGGAGGGAUAAAUGACGAUGGUAACGAACGAUCGAUGCCGCUAUGCGUGAUGAAAUCACGAGCUAAAAAAAAGGGAGAAUGGAAGAUUUUGCGAGAAAAAAAAAGAGAAAUGUAAGAUUUAUGGAUUUUCAUAUCCACUCAUCCAUCCAUCCAUCCGUC